UCGUACUGCACGUGUAUUCCACAAGGAUGUCGGUUGCCACCACACAGCGCCUGGUGCCAAUUCGGCCAUCGCCACACAAGGGCGUGACAGUGUCUAAGAACGUCACAGUGAUCACAACUUCGGCUUCUCCCGCCACGUUAACGCCGCCCAAGACGGGACUCAAAAGGAAAUUGGCAGAUCCAAGUCCCGAACCUGUGAAGUGUAAGCGACGCAUCAACUUUAGUGGCGUCGGGUAUGUAGUGUCGCCAGUGCCCGUGACAGUGGCCCGCCGAAAUGCCCGUGAGAGGAACCGUGUCAAGCAAGUGAACAACGGCUUUGCAACGCUGCGCCAACACAUACCCGGAGCCGCCAAAGCCAAGAAGAUUAGCAAAGUAGAAACCUUGAAACAGGCAGUGGAGUAUAUAAGAUCCUUACAAGAGUUGUUGGACACGCACGAUGCCCUGAUGCACCGCACCAACACGCUCGUCGCCUCCAGCCAGCCCUCGCCCGCGCCCAAGGAGCCAUCACACCCUUACACCAACGCCGUGGCGCCCACGACCGUCUUGUCCCAGCAACAGUACCGUGUUUUACAGUACCCAAGCUACUAUUACAGUGAAAACGUGUCACCAGUGCCUGCGUCAGUGUACCCCAUGAACGUAUCUGCAGUGUCUCCCACGUGCAGUGACGCAGCGGUGUCCCCAACGCCUUCGUACGAUUCUGCGUACUCGUCGCAGUCCUCCCACGAGACGCCGGUCACGGUCACCACCACCAGCCUAAGCAACAUGUUCAACCCGGCCAGCACCACGACCCUGCCGGACACCUACGACCCCCUGGACGCCUACGAGUCAGCCACGUCGCCCGAGGACGAGGAGCUACUAGACGCCAUCGCCCUGUGGCAACAGUGUCAAUAGCAGAUCCUACAAGGGAAAGAAUCUAGUCAUGCUUGUCUAUCAUCAUGUACUGCUGGUCAACUUCUCCAGUCCAUCUUCUACCAAGUCCAGGAGACCUUCUGAGGACACAGUCUCCAAACUUUAAAGUCUUUAAGUCCUCAUAACUUUGGAGCUUUAUAUCUUAAACUUUCAAGAACAAGGCGUGUAUUUUACUAUAGCUUCUCAAGUUCUACUGACUCGCUUCGUGAAUGUCGCCCACCAAGAAGAUUCCAAGAAUCCAAGGAAAGCCGAUCUCCCUGCCUCGAGAGUCCGCCGACCGAGUCUUCCUGACGCACGAACAGGCUGUGCGGAGGACCCAGCGCCGGAGUCCAGCCGACCACCGCCCUUCCCGAAGAGCCUGCCGGGUUCGAGUCCGAGGACGCUGCCGUCUCGCAAGAAGAGGAAGGCAGAAAGGGGCUGCCCACUUUCUAAUGCUAAUAAUAAUCGAUACCAUGCAGUUCCACAACGGAUUUAACCCCAGGAAUAAGGAAGGCUACAGCGAAGAAAGAGGCGGUAAAGGGAGAAGAGUUAGAAGAGCAACGCGAUACAAAGAAAAAUCCGGUCGACCAACCAUAAAGCAAGUGAACAAAAGAAAAAAAAAAGGUAUAACAGCCAACAACGGACAGGCACUGGGGGACCGUUGUAGCUACAAGUCUCCCGUUGUCUCAUUGGUGUCUUGAAGUUGUAGAUUCACAAGUCUCCUAUUAGUAUUGUAAAACUCUAGCAGACUCACUUCAAAAGAAGCAUGACAAGAUAAAAAGAUGGGAAAAUACAGUUCAUAUAUUCAUUUUUCUCUUUGGUGGGGAAGGAAUUAUCUGCAUUACUGUACUUUUUUAUAUAUUUUUUUGGUUUUGUGAAUGUCUAGUCAAAAGUGCAGCAGAGCCUAAAUAAGACAUUUUAUACUUUCGCCAAAGUUUGCCCUGUGUUUGGCUGGCGUCGCCGUAUCUAGAUCCCAGAGGAGUUUCGCUUGUAUUUCAAAACAAAUUGAGUGUGUGUGUGUGUGUGUGUGUGUGUGUGUGUGUGUGUGUGUGUGUGUGUGUGUGUGUGUGUGUGUGUGUGUGUGUGUGUGUGUGUGUGUUUGUUUGUGUGUGCGUGCGCUUGUGAUUACUCAUAUUUUCCUAUAUAUAUAAAACAAUAACACGUGCUCAUUAGAUGGUCACAAAGGCAUAGCUUAUACGCGCAUUUCAUAUGGACUGUGCAUAUAUCAUUGUAUCAUUACACAAUUUGGAAUGCCAGUUCUACACUCCUGUCUCGUCAUUAUAAAGACGUCAAAGCUUACUUCACGAAACUCGACUCUGGUGUCAAGAUGGCUUUCGCCAAGAUAAUAAUCUCGUAAAACUCAAAUGCUCAGCGAGUUGUUUACGAUUAUUUUGCUAUGUUUUGUGUUCUACAUGUAAAACCAAAAUGCUAACAGUAUCUUAACUAUAAAGACAUAUUUUAACCCUUUGAUUCCUUCAUGGUGAUUCUCAAGUAUAUUAUAUGAUUCAGUAUAGUUACUAAAACCAAUAUAUUACGAGCUUCCUAACUAAUGCAGCUUAAAGCACGCCCACUGCAAAGUGCGUGGGUGUGCAGUCCACUUAAUGCUGCAUUUAGCUUAACUGCAUCUCUAGUGCCUUACGAAAGCAGUGAUCUUUGAUGCUUCCAAACGUUAUACUUGUGCCUUUCUAUGAUGGCUAUAUUUGUUAACUAACACUUUAAUAUGAUCUUAAUAUUCUAUAUACUGUAUAUGAUCUCUGUAAUGUAAACUAGUUGUUAUGGACAGUUUGAUUGAUAAUAUGAUCUCCUUUAUACUAUAUUCUUGCUCAAAUGCUUGUAAUGUAUAAGAAAGCAACAUCCGAUGAAAGACUUGAUCAGUAUUCUAUUAAUGUUAAGAAUAUAAUAAAUCUAUGAAAAUAAUAUAAUAUUACUACCUUGGCAUGCAACAUGCAACUUGCAUAGUGUUUCCCCAUCGAUUUCCAUUACUUGGCUGAUAGUAUUAACUGAACAUGUGGGCAUUUCCACACACAAGACACAUUCCAGUACAAGUCAGGCAUUGACGAUGUUUACUCCAUCUUUUCGUUAUACAUUCCAUUAAACACUCCAGUUACCCUUAAGGUAGGGACUUCUUGUGAACGAUUUUUCCGUCGUAUGCUCAUUCCACUGUAAGCAUUCCGUAUAUGCUAGAGAAAGAAAAUAUUAUCCAGUGGUACAUAAUGUAUAGUAUUAUGUUUUUAUCUGUUUCGUAUGAUCACUGUUGUAUUAUUUUCUUUUAAUGUUGGUUGUAAUGAUUAUACCUGCCAAUGGUUGUCAUUCUUGGUGUAUAGUCUGAUGUUGCUUGGUAAUCCAACAGGCAACGGUGUAUAUAUUGUACAGAUUUUUUAUAUGUAUGCAUAAGCUUUUGUUAUAAUAAAGGCAAGGCUUUAU